ACGAAAGGUACUAAUUUACAGGCAAGAAAAUAUCUGUUACAACAGUUAUAGUGGUUUGUAACCUAAUAUGGCUGGGCUGGGAGAUUUAGUUUGCUGUGGAAUAAUUGAAAAAGACACCAAUGGUGAUGUGUUGUGGACCUGGUCCUACCCAUCAGUGACAGAGGCACACAGGGAACUGUUCAUGAAGAAGUGUUGUCUGGCCUGGAAAGCAGAGGACUUUAUAUUGUUCCUCUACAGCCAGGUUGAACGAAACUGGUACUACAUCUUCACGCAUAAGCUCCCUGAGAAUAAUAAUUUACCUAAGGUGGAAGCCUUUUCUCUAGUGAUUGAAUCAAAGGACUUUAAUCCAGAGAAGUAUGAAGCCCUGUGUCGGACGGCUGCGGCCCAGUAUUGUCGUGCAGGUAGCCCAACCACUGUGCUGGAAGUAUACCUCGGUGUCGUCACAAAGGGGAAGUGGUCAGGGGAUGCCAAUGGCAAGUUUUCUGUGCAGGACUUCCAGCAGAAACAUGCUUUUGCCAAUACUAAUGUAUUAGGUAUUAUUUCAAUAUUUGGACUGGAGACCAUUUUGAUCUACACAGCCAUGCUUUUAAAGAAGAAGAUAGCUGUCUACUACCCUGAGCAGUCUCUGGGAGAACUUCUGACAUUUACAAGGUCACUACCAGCGUUUGUUUGGCAUCGGCAGAACUGGCAGGUUGUCUACCCCUUUGUGGAGCUUAACAAGGACGAGAUAGGGGACCUUCAGAAUACCAGUCACUACGUGGCUGGCUUUACUGAUGCCUCCAUAGAAUCUAGAACAGAGCUAUAUGAUGUAUAUGUGAAUGGUACUACAGGCCAGAUAAGCAUUGCCAAUCAUGCUAAGGAGGCCAUGGCCAUGGGCAAGCUACACAAAGACAUCGCUCUGGCCAUGGUGAAACUUACAGAGAAUCCAGCCAAUACCUCCCAGAUAGCAAUUAAGGAGAUUUCAACAAAAACCAAAGAGCUUCUCACCAACCUGAAGUCCCUGGCAAGUGACGAUGGAACGAUAGCCCUGGAGACCCUAAAGGAACGCAAGAUGCCCCCAGCAACGGAGAACUUCCUGUACAGUCUGGCAGCAUGUGAGGGAUUGGUUGCUAUGUGAACGCGACAAACCUCCGGCAAACAAAAACUUCCUGUACAGUCUGGCAGCUUGUGAGGGUUUGGUUGCUAUGUGAACCUGAGUUACAGUGUUGGAGGUCUUAAAUAGUGUAGACAAUUCAGUUUUCUAUAACUUGUUUUUAUUGGUCAUAACAUUAUCUUUAAUUUCUGUUGUGUAAGAAUAAAACCACACAUUUUUUCUUAUCCACAAAAGAACAGCCAAAUAUGACAAGUGGUUUAUUGGCAUAUGUUUAUUCAAAAUAGUUAAGAAAAUAAUCUUAGAUGAAAAAAAAAAUUUUACUAUGAAGACUACCACUAUGGUAUUUUGGUAUUAAUAUUUUUUGUUGUUAAUUGAAAAUUUAAAAAAAUGAAGAAACAAACUAUUUAAGUAUGUAUAGCGUUGUAUGCAAUGUAGUAUUUCCUGCCAGUGUAAAAUACUUAAGUUUGUUAAAAGGUGUCAAGUUGUCAUUUUAAUAGAACAGAACUGUUCUGUUCUGUCAUUUCAAUUGUUUAGUUUCCACACUCUUUAGAUCUUUCAUAGCAGAUAGUUGAAACAGAAAUACCUCUAUACCUUUGAAUGCAGUAUAAGUUAUUAUGCAAUUGUAAAAUACUUAAUUGUUGUUACAGCAUUUCACAGUGUAACCCUUUACCACUUAGAUACGUAUGUUUACACUUUUGUAGUCCCUGAGAAAGUUAUAUUUUAUUUAAGACCUUUCUGACUAAAUAAAAGUUGAAAAGGCUUCAUUUCCAACUUUUAGGUACUGAUGAGCAGCAAACAGCAUGAAACCAGAACAGACUGCAAGUAACUUGCAAGCUGUUCUAGUUUUAUGCUGUUUGCACAUAGCCAUUUUCAAUUUGCUUCUGAGUGGGAAAGGGUUAAUUUAGAAAAAUAUACAGGAUGAUAAAAAGUUCUUGGUAUAUAUGUGUUUUUGAGGAGAACCUCAACAUAAUAAUUGUGUGUACAUUCCAAUACAUCCUAACUGUUAUUGUUGUGCUUUAGUGUCGUUAAAAUAAUUAUAAUUUAUUAUAAAUUGAUAAUGCAGGCUUCUGGCUUGCCAUAAAUUAUGAACAGUAUUAUUCAUGCCCUUGCAUGCAGUAUAAAGUGUCCUGUCAGUUUAAUUGUACGUAUAUAUUAAAUUAUAUUUACUUUGUUGUUACAAUGAGGAUAAAUGCUGGGGGUUAUUGUCACAUGAACAUUUGCGUCUCUGUUUUAGUGUGAUUUGAUCUUUUUGUGAAUAAUACACACAAUAUUGCGUACAUUCCAAUUUCAGUCUUUGUUGCUUACCUGCUUGGAUUGAAAAAGUAAAAACAUGCACAUGUAUUGAAGUCAAGUUUAAAACUAGAGAACUCAUAUUUAAGAACAGUUUUACCUGACAAAUCCUUCGACGAAUACUGAACACGGCAUUUAAACCUUGGUCAAUAUAGUAUGUGUCUAAGUGAUGCUGAAUUCUUCAAUCUGAUGUUUGAUUUCCUUUAAUUGAGGUAAUGUAUAAAUUUAUCAUGUAGUACCCCGGUAGUAUGGUGUUCUCUAAAGUUUUAAUCUUCAUGAUGAAAGCCAAAUCACAAAUACAGUUAUAUGACUCAUUUUGCUUAGUAAGGUAUGAGCUGUGAAAUGUGUUUUAUUUAUAAUGAAUUUGUAUUUGAUACAUAUAAGUAAGAAUGAUUUGUUCAAUUUUGUAUUAUUGUUAUUUUAUAUGUCUAUACAUUGCGUAGUAUGCAAAUAUGUAUGUGCAAUAAGGUUAUGUAAUUAACAAUGACAUGUAAUUAAUAUUAUGCAUUGUUCCUUGAUUCGUUUGUUUUUGCUAAACAUAUACAUGCAUGCCAAUCAUGAGAUAUGACUAAGUAUAUCAAUAUAUCAGUAAAACAGAUAAACUGCU